CUUUCAAUUUCCUCUUUUCUGGGGUUUUAAUCCCUUAUAAAUACCCUCUCUGAAAGCACACAGGACAGGCUUCACUUCCACCUGGCCUCCUGGCUUUGCCUUUCUGCAGUGCUCUGUGUCAGGCUUGGGCAGAGAACCAUGAAGCUCUGUAUCUGCUUCGUGUUGCUCUCUGUUGUUCUAUAUGCAAGUGCUGACAACCCAUUCUCCAGUGGUUUCAAGUUUGUCAGGGAUGCAGCUGGAGGCGCACGGGAUAUGUGGAGAGCAUACCGGGACAUGCGCGAGGCAAACUACAUCGGUGCCGACAAGUAUUUCCACGCUCGUGGCAAUUACGACGCCGCCCGGAGAGGACCCGGCGGUGCUUGGAUAGCCAAAGUGAUCAGCGACGCCCGUGAGGGCUGGCAGAGCGGGGUGAGCGGCAGAGGAGCGGAGGACACCCGGCUCGACCAGGAGGCCAACGCGUGGGGCAGGAGCGGCGGCGAUCCCAACCGCUACAGGCCCAAAGGCCUUCCCAGCAAAUACUGAAGUCUCUCUGUUCCCGUUCCCCCUCCCUUGUGUGGCCCAAUAAAAAUACUGCUUGUCAGGACUCGCCGC